AUGGGCCCCCAAAUUAGCCUCCGCAUGUAGAAGUAGUAGGUACUGGGACUAAAGUUCGGGCGUGCCAACAGCAGCACGUCGUUGCCGAGCCUGCUGCGACUGGCGCGCAACACUCUCUCGCCUUUGUUUGCCCGCUUCACGAGCUAUUUUCCUUCCAAGCUUCCUUUUUGCAAUCUCUUAAUAAUCCUGCCACUCUCCCCUCAUAGCCCAAACACAGCUUCUCCUCCUUGAAGCUCCCCAAGAACCCUCAGGUUGACGCGGAAGACUUUCUCGCUGAGCCGAAUAAAGCCGUUCGGCUAUCUCAACAAACGACUAGGCGUUCUUUGCCUGAAGCAUCCGUCCCUCCUUCUUCUGCGUCCCCAACGGCGAGCCCAUGGCUGUGACCGAAGGCAAAUUGGCAGCGAUUCGACUCCGAAAACGACACCGAAUGCUUGGGCUUGCGCUUCUCGAGCUUCGGGCAGCACACAUAAUCUCCAGUCUGAAUGGCGAACUUGGCAAGUAAAGCGCUAGGCUCGGCAUCGAGAGCUGCCGCCCACAUCUCCCCCGACGCAGCUACGAUCCCGACGAUACCGACCUCGUUGCGAGCUUCUUGCGUGGGAACUCGGUUGAAUCUAGCAGAGGAUGCUCUGCGGCUCCAGAUUGAGGGCACAGCAGCUCAUCGAAGCCGAUAUACGGCUUCGGCGACUAGAACAAAGUCGCGUCCCGCACAGACUUGGCUAUGCGGAGCCCGCGGGGUAUCUUGCGACACCAUCGUCGACUUGCCUCUAAGACAUGCUUUGCCAGCCACCAGACGGGAUUUCCACACGUACUUCGUCACUCAUCUGCCGUCUUCCUCCUUACAUCCAGACUCUGGUCGGCUGCAUGGGCCUGGCCACAAGCUUCCCCGCGAUGCCUCGACACCACAUACCCCAAGUCCUGGGUCUUCCCCCGCUGUCUCGAUACCAAACAUGCCUAGUCAAAACCUGACAGUCGUUCGGAUUCCAUUGCGGCGGGCCAAGCAUCACUUUGGCACAGCAACCGCCCGAGGAAACCGUCCUUACAACGAGGAUGCAGACCAGGCGGGGAUCGUUGACAUGCCAGCCUUUGCAAAGAGGGCGCCAACAAGCGUGAAGCAGAAGCCAGGAGAGCCUACUGCUGCAGAUAGCGCUCUUGGAGAUCCUCAGGUAUUCUAUUUUGGAGUCUUUGACGGACAUGGAGGAGUUCAGUGCUCCCAUUUCCUACGGGAUGAGUUACAUGGCUAUAUUGAAGAAGCCGCGUCUGAAUUUGGCCUCCAGAGCAGCCUGCGGCGAAAGAACCCUUGGGACGUACCCAGAAAGCCAGUGACCAAGAAACAGGCCCUCGAUGACUUAAAAAUGAAAAAGCCUAACGAGGUAAAAGACGAUAUCCAGCUUCCAGACCGUGAUGAAGAGACACGGCAAGCCCCACGACAUGGAGAUCCUCUACCCAGUGCCAAGUCUGAGCCCGUUGAAGUAUCGGACUACACAAAGGCGAUUAAUUUGAAGAAGAGCCUGGUGCAAGAGUACAGAGACUCAAUCGGUGGCUACUUUCGUCGUUUUCAGCCAGAGCAUUUUAACCUCACAGACGAUGGUGAGAACCAGACCAUUUCGGUUGAAGCGGCCCUUGUCUACGCAUUUCUCCGCGCCGAUUUGGAUUUUGUCUCGGCACAGGUUCGGAAAGUCGACCCAGACGACAUCCGAGUCAGCGACAGCCCCCUGAAUAACGACGAGAUACUGGGUCAGCCUCACGCCACGCCGUCAGGUCACGACAUUGGUGGUACUACGCGGUUCAAGGGGGGGUCUACUGCGUCGAUUGCGCUCAUCUCCACACCCACGCCCGCACCCUUUUGGCACCCUGGCGCACACUCGUCUCUCAUUGUCGCACACGUCGGAGAUACUCGCGUGCUGUUGUGCGAUACAGCGACCGGCCUCGCUCAACCCCUUACGUCAGAUCACCAUCCUACCACGCCGCGCGAGAGCAAUCGCCUGCGUCGAUACGCCCCGGCCGGCUCUAUGGUCUCCGGAGAUAGUUUCGGGGAAGAGCGCAUUGCGGGACUAGCCAAUAGCAGAGCUUUCGGCGACGUCAAGAGUAAGCGGAUAGGUGUCUCUGCAGAGCCCGAGAUUACCAGGGUAGAGCUCGGCCCUGCUCAGUAUUCGUUCAUAGUGCUAAUGAGCGAUGGCGUCUCUGGUACCUUGAGCGACCAGGAGAUUGUAGAUGUCAUCAAGGAAGCUAAAACUCCAGAGGAAGGUGCUCGCCGAGUUGUCGAGUACGCCACCGAAGUUUCCGACGAUGGCGACAACGCAACGUGCCAGGUUGUGCGACUCGGCGGCUGGGAGCGUCGGUCUGAAGGUGGCUUGGGCAGUCUUGGGACCAAGGAGUUUAGGGAUAUUAGACGUGCAGAGGCGCAGGAUCCGCGACGGCGUUCGAAACGGUAGGGUCUUUUAUAAUGGACAGUAGCUAAGAAGAGGUGAGAGGGCCGUUAUGAGAGCAGCUGGAGGGGUUGUGGUGAGGAGAGAUCUCGUUUGGCGAUUGCAUGAAGAAUAGCGGGUUUUUGCUUGGAAUUUUUGCGAGCACAUGCGGAUGCAUACACCCUACUAUCCUGAAGAAAGGGCAGGAUGGAGUUUAAAGGCAAAGCAUUGUGGAAUGGCUGCCGUGUGGCCUAUAUAUACUCUGAUUUAAUUUCGGUUCGCUUAUAGUCUCGUUUGGAAUCUGCUUUUGAGGUUUGAUUUAAAUAGGAUGGGGGGAAUUGGGAUGCCUAUCGUAUCUACAGGUAGAUAAAGUUAUAAGAAGUAAUAAAUUCUAGAGGAUUUGAAUGCUGCAAAG